CAGGAACCUCAGACUGUGCGGGACGGUGCCGGACCAUCGUAUUCCUCUAAUCCUGAGGAACCUCAGACUAUGUGGGAUGGUGCUUUCCAUCCAACAAAUAAGAGACUUUCCUGUACUGAGUGCGGGAAGUGUUUCCCUUCUAAAGCCCAUCUUAAUGUGCAUAAAAGAUCUCAUACAGGGGAGAAGCCGUAUACCUGUCCUGAGUGCGGGAAAUGUUUUUCACAUAAGUCACAUCUUUCCAGACAUCAGAGAUCUCACACGAGGGAGAUGCCGUAUUCCUGUCCUGAGUGUGGGAAAUGUUUUUCACAGAAGUCCAAUCUUUACAAACAUCAGAGAUCUCACACUGGGGAGAAGCCGUAUUCCUGUGCUGAAUGUGGGAAAUGUUUUUCACAGAAGUCCGAUCUUUCCAAACAUCAGAGAUCUCACACGGGGGAGAAGCCAUAUUCCUGUCCUGAGUGUGGGAAAUGUUUUUCAAAUAAGUACAGUAUUUACACACAUCAGAGAUGUCACACAGGGGAGAAGCCGUAUUUUUGUCCUGAGUGCGGGAAAUGUUUUUCACAGAAGUCCAGUCUUUACAAACAUCAGAGAUCUCACACGGGGGAGAAGCCGCAUUCCUGUCCUGAGUGCGGGAAAUGUUUUUCAGAGAAGUCCCAUCUUUACAGACAUCAGAGAUCUCACACGGGGGAGAAGCCGUAUUCCUGUCCUGAGUGUGGGAAAUGUUUUGGACUAAAAUCAGAGCUUGUCACACAUCAGAGAUAUCACACGGGGGAGAAGCCAUAUUCCUGUCCGGAGUGCGGGAAAUGUUUUUCACAGUCGUCCAAUCUUUCCACACAUCAGAGAUCUCACACAGGGGAGAAGCCGUAUUCUUGCCCUGAGUGUGGGAAAUGUUUUGCACAGAAGUCCUAUCUUUACACACAUCAGAGAUCUCACAUGGGGGAGAAGCCGUAUUCCUGUCCUGAGUGUGGGAAAUGUUUUUCAACCAAGCCCAGUCUUUCCACACAUCAGAGAUCUCACCCGGGGGAGAAGCCGUAUUCCUGUCCUGAGUGCGGGAAAUUUUUUUCAGAUAUGUCCCAUCUUUCCACACAUCAGAGAUCUCACACGGGGGAGAAGCCGUAUUGCUGUCCUGAGUGCGGGAAAUGUUUUACACAGAAGUCCAGUCUUUACAGACAUCAGAGAUCUCACACGGGGGAGUGCGGGAAGUGUUUCCGCUAUAAAUCGGAUCUUAAUGUGCAUAAAAGAUCUCACACAGGUGAGAAGCCGUAUUCCUGUCCUGAGUGCGGGAAAUGUUUUUCACAUAAGUCCAGUCUUUCCACACAUCAGAGAUCUCACACGGGGGAGAAGCCGCUUUCCUGUACUGAGUGUGGGAAGUGUUUCCGCUUUAAAUCUGAUCUUACUGUGCAUAAAAGAUCUCACACAGGUGAGAAGCCAUAUUCCUGUCCUGAGUGCGGGAAAUGUUUUUCACAUAAGUCCAGUCUUUCCACACACAAGAGAUUUCACACGGGGGAAAAGCCAUAUUCCUGUCCUGAGUGCGGGAAAUGUUUUUCACAGUCGUCUAAUCUUUCCACACAUCAGAGAUCUCACACAGGGGAGAAGCCAUUUUUCUGUACUGACUGCGGGAAGGGUUUCUAUUUUAAAUCCCAACUUAAUCUGCAUAGAAGGUAUCACACGGGGGACAAGCCGUAUUGCUGUCCCGAGUGCGGAAAGCGUUUUGUUUCUAAAUCCAGACUUAACGAGCAUAAAAUAUGUCAUUUGGGAGAAAAACCGUAUUCCUGUUCUGAGUGUGGAAAAUCUUACUCACGGGCCGUGCAUCUUUACACACAUCAAAAAGUGCACACGGGAGAGAAGCCGUAUUCCUGUCCUGAGUGCGAGAAAUGUUUUGUACUAAAAUCAGGACUUUUAAUACAUCAGAGGUGUCACACGGGGGAAAAGCCGUAUUCCUGUUCUGAGUGCGGGAAAUGUUUUUCACGUUCCUCGCAUUUAUCCACACAUCGGAGAUCUCACACGGGGGAGAAGCCAUAUUCCUGUUCUGAGUGUGGGAAAUGUUUUUCAAUUCAGUCCAAUCUUGAAAAACAUAAGAUGUUGCACACUGAGGAGAAGCCAUAUUUCUGCUCUGAGUGCGGGAAAGGUUUUUUACUGAAGUUCAAUCUUUACAGACAUCUAAGAUCUCACACGGGAGAGAAGCCGUAUUCUUGUCCUGAUUGUGGGAAAUGUUUUUCAGAUAAGUACGCUCUUGCUAUGCAUCAGAAUUCUCACACAGGGCAGAAGCCGUAUUCCUGUCCUGAGUGCGGGAAAUGUUUUUCAGUGCAGACCAAUCUUUACAGACAUCAGAGGUCUCACACGGGAGAGAAGCCAUAUUCCUGUCCUGAGUGCGGGAAAUGU